CCAAAGCAGGCGAGCUCGUGACCCUCCAGUUCCGACCUGGAGGUUCCCUCUCACAAUAGUGUAGUGUACGGAAUAUCUCGCACACUGCAGACCCCACCUACUGCUCGUUCCCAUGCGACACUUCUCUUGGAGCGAGCGUGCAGCUGUCGACACAGCAGGCGGCCAAUGCCACCGUCCGACCCGUCCACGGCUACCACCACGUCCGGGCCGGGCUCGCCUCCCCGCAGCCUCGCAAAGUUUGGAUGUGCCAGAUGUCGGAAACAUCACCUCAAAUGCGAUAGGGUGACACCAACCUGCGGCAGAUGUCUGAACGCAGGCAAGACAUGCAACCCGCCCGGGCUCAGAAUACGCGAGACGAAUGAGAAGAAGUUCAAGUUCACCCAGAAACAGAAAUGGGUUAGGACGCCAAGAAGACUGGUGUUCAUCGACGAGUCCAGGACGGCGGCCAACGAUGCCUCGAGUCCAGACAGCGGACCGGACGACUUUGAGACCGUCUGUGGCUCUCCCACUAUCACCUCCGAUGUCUCGUCUAACCCAACUCCUCCCCUGCCCACUCUCGGCCCGCCUGCUUUCCGGGCCGCGUCGCCUCCGGAGCGUUUGCGUUUGAUGAUGAUCUCUUCUGUUAUCAACCCUCCCGCACCCAGCUGCCCGAGCUGGCCGUUGACAGACCGAGAAGAAGCCCGCCUGUUCCGCCAUUUCGUGGAGAAACUGGCCGUAUGGCUCGAUCUGUGUGAUCCAAAACAUACCUUCGAGACCAUUGUGCCGCAGCAGGCGAGGGAUUAUCCCGUCCUACUGAACGCUAUGUUUGCACUUUCGGCACGGCACCUCGGGCAGACGCACAGCGACGGCAACAUGAGGAGACGGUACAACCAACUCGCUGACAUGUACAACGAAGCCUGCAUCAACAUCAUGAAGGAUGCCCUGAUGAGUGCCAGCUACCAGUCCGGUUGGACAGAGCAGCUUUUUGCCGCAACCAUCAUUCUCCAGGUGAUGGAAGAAAUGAACGCUGCACUGCAUGACGAAAGUGACGACGGCGAUGCCGACCACCACAAGGCUGCUGGGAGGGGCCACAUCCCAGGCAUGCACAAGUUCGUCCAAGAGCAGUCUUUCGAGCCCGGUACGCUUGGCGCAGCGUCCUUUUGGAUCGGGCUGCGGCAGGAGAUUUACAGUGCUGUCGAGAAGAGACAGCCAGUGGGUUUGAACCUCGUCCAUCCGGGCCUCUUCGAUAGAUCGCUCGACGAGGCGGACGAAUACACCUGGGCGAACCGGGCCGUGGUGCAUUGUGCUGAUGUCCUCAAUUUCUCCUUCGACCCUGGGCAUCAUCACCAGCCGUACCGUUGGGACGAGCUGAAUCGGUGGAAUCAACGCUGGUCAGAGAGGAAGCCCCGGUCAUAUGAUCCCAUCUUCAGGGAGCAUCCAGAUUCGGCCGUUUUCCCAGAGAUCUGGUAUCAUCGGAGUUGUCAAGUGAUCGGCGUCACACAUCAUCUGCUUGCAAGGCUCUUCCUGUUGAGCCAUCAGAGCAAUCCGGCAGGCCGUGACGAAACUCAGGAGAGCAUCCGAAAGGCGGUUCGGGAGAUCUGCGGCAUCGGGUGUGGAAACCAGUGGACGCCGCCCGGCAUUUUCACGGCUUGUAUGGCUAUCUCGGCCUUCGGGUCUUACUUUGAUGGCGUCGAAGAGCAAGACGCGAUGUUGGCAAUUUUGGAACAGACGCAAAGAAACCACGCACGGCCGACCGAGAGGGUUAUCCUGCAUAUGCUUCAGGUUUGGGGGAGAUAUGACGCGCUGGCGAAGAGGAAAGCCUGAAGGGAAGGCGACAAGCAAUGACUGAGUUGCCGAUGGGGCAACCGUAUCGCAUGUCGUACAUGCAGACUAUGUCCCAGACGAGCAGUCUUGGCUUACCAUCGCUACUCGGUUCGGAGGUUAAAUGGCCUGAGGCGAUUUAUAAGGCCCUCUCGCGAUGC